CGGUGAUACUCCAUAGUACCCGGUACAACCGUAAAUCGGUGUAGACAAGACCACCGGAGAGCAGUAUUCCCCAUGGCGACCACGGCGCUUCACCAAAACGCCGCCGACCAUAUGGCUGGUAGGCUCGGGUCGGGCAACAUGGAGCAGUACAUCGCCAUCAACGCCGGGUGCUCCGCAAUUAUCGCCGCUAUCGCAAAGACCGUCACCGCCAUCCACGGCCUCAUGCGCGAGGUUCGUGAAUCGCGCGCCGACCUCGAUCCCGUGUCCAGCGAACUCCAUUCCCUCAACGGCAUUCUCGAGAUUCUUAAGGACGAUGUCCCAUCCUUUCCUGAACAGUUGGCGCAACGAACUCCCGAAGUACUCAGCUACUGCCUCACCAUCAUCAACGAACUGCAGGGAUGCAUCUCCAUUCUAGACCGCGUGGGUCUCUCCAGGCAGGACAAGAAGUCGCGAUGGAUGGCCAGUAGGGGGCAUAUUGCCAAGUUGCGAUGGACGUUGGAGGUGUACAAGGCCAGCUUGGGACUGGCGGUCGAUCUAGUUGCGUUCAAACAACAAAGCGAACAGCAAAGUCCGGUUAGGGGAACUUUCAUGGAGGUUGCCUCUGUGGUAUCUGAUGGCAAGGACGAGUUAGCCGACGCACUAGCCCAGAUCAGCCGUGUUGCUGCUCGACUCGAAGACGAAGCCCGCCACAACGGCGCUGUUGCAAAGCUCCAACAUUAUCUCGAUGCGCUAUACGGAAAUGCUCUCGCCGCUGUCGACCGCGAGAUGGACCAUUUCGAAGGCCAGAGAAACAGUGCCCAUUCGGCCUCGACCGACAAGGCCCCUGAUAGCGCUAUCGAUUUGGACGAUGACGCCCACCCCUUUGUCCAUGCCAAAACAUCGGAUGUCCCGAUACCACAAACCUAUAUCAACAUGACACAGGACGAAUUCGACGAGAUGCUGGAUGAACUCAGAGAGAUGCCGGUUCGACCUCCGACACCACCGCUAAGGUCACCGAGGCGAUCUUCGUCGUCAGGUGCUUCCGUCACUCGCAGCGAAUACAAUUCUAGCACAUCCGACUCUUGUACCAGCAACCCGUAUCUUGAUGGCACAUUUCUGGAUGUCGAACCCCGAAACCAAAACCCGCAUCAUCGAACCCAAAGUGAAUCGGCGGCCGUCUCACCUCGUACAGUUCCGGUCAGUCACUUUCCGCAAAUGAGCGGCGGUCUUUCACCAGUCCCUUUGAAAGGCUUCAGCUUCAGCCGCCAACGCUCCCACUCAACGGCCAGCACCAGCUCCGCCAAAUCAUCCACCCCAUCCUUGUCGCUAGCCUUCGGCUUAAGUAGCACCCCCUUUGCUACGCCUUUCACCAUGGCCAUGCCUCCCACCCCUCCCACCCCCACUUCCAAAUCCCCAGCUCCCCAACCAGUCUCCAACAAACCUCCCUCUGGCGCCGUCUUCGGCGUCUCCCUCGCCGACUCCAUGUCUGUAGCCAAGGGUCUCGCCGGCACCCGCCACGACAGCGGCGGCUCCUCCACGCGUGACUACCCCCUUUGCAUCCUUCGCUGCGUCUACUUCAUCCAAGACCACGGGCUGCGCGCCCCGCAUAUUUUCGCGCAAGAAGGCGACCCCAAUCGCCUCCAGCGGCUCAAAACCAUCUUCAGCUCACCCGAGAACGGAUAUGGCAAGUUUAUGGAUUGGAACCAAUUCACCGUUUACGAAGCUGCCGACUUGAUUCUCUUGUUCCUCUCGGAGCUUCCCCAACCUUUAGUCCCGGAAUCGGUGGCAAAGCGGUGGAUCUCCAUGUCGCGGCAAGCAACCAUGUCUGGGUCUUCGGCGACCCGGUUGGAUAAGGGCAUUGAUUUAUGGGAGGAAGCAUUGCAGGGCAUUAAGGGGCCACACAGGAGCUUGUUCAAGCUGCUGCUGAAUUUGUGGGGUGAUGUGGCGAGUAACGUGAACUGGAACGAGAUGACGGCUGAGAGGUUGGCAGAGAAGAUAAUGCGUCCGCUGAUGCACCUACCGCAGAAGAGGUAUAGUACAGAUUACACACUUGCAUUGGCGUUUGUAAUGAGGAAGAGAAGCGAGUAUAAUGCGGGGUUUAGGGGGGAGAGAAGUCCGGCUGCUUUCUGAAGCUGAAUGGGACCAGGUAUCAACUGGGUAGGACUUGAUGGAAGUUGGAGGUGAUGCCCGCUUUGUCUUGGUCGGGAAAUUUUUCUGAUAUGUUUCCUUUUUGAUUUUUAGCAUGUUUUCAUCCUGUCGCUCGUUUGGAGCUGAAAUGAUACCCCGGAGAGAAUGUACCGCGUAGUAUAGUAUGAAAUAUCAACGAACACUUA